AACGACCUGCGCAACAAGAUUUCGGCGUCGAGCAACAAGGGCGGGCCUGACUACGAGCGCAAGAUCGCUGUCCGCAAGGAGCUCGACGCGCUCCGCGGUGAGCAGGCGCGCCUCAAGGGCGGCCGGGGCAAGACGCUCGACUCGCUCAAGGCGAUCCAGGACGGCAUGAACAAGAAGAUCAAGGACCUGCAGGCCGCAAAGGCAAAGGCGCCGUACAAGACUGUGCAGGAGGUCGAGAACCAGAUCAAAACCCUCGAGCGCCAGGUCGAGUCGGGCACGAUGAAGCUCGUCGACGAGAAGAAGGCGCUCAACGAGAUCUCGGCGCUGCGCAAGUCGCGCAAGCUCGUCGAGUCGUUCGCGACGCAGCAGCAGGCCAUCGACGCCGACAAGGCCAAGGUCGACGAGGUCCGCAAGGAGCUCGACGACCCGGAGCAGAAGGCGGCGAGCUCCAAGUUUGACGAGCUGCGCAAGGAGCUCGACGAGAUCAACCGCCGCAUGGACGAGGUCAGCAAGGGUCGCGACGGCCUGUUCGAGGAGCGCAACGCCGUCUCGAAGCAGCUCGACGACCUGUUCGGCCGCAAGAAGGCCUCGGUCGCCGCGUUCCGCGAGGCCAACAACAAGUACUACCAGAAGCUCAACGACGACCGCGCCAAGCGCGACGAGCGCCGCCGCGCCGAGCGCAAGGCGCACGACGACUCGAAGCGCGCCGAGAUCAACGAGCAGCUCCUCGAGGAGGCGCAGGCGCCCGCGUUCGAGCGCGAGAUCGACGACUGCCGCACCUUGAUCCGGUUCUUCCAACAGCGCAUCGGCGCCGCCUCGUCGUCGUCGGCAUCGGGUUCGUCGUCGUCGAGCCUGUUUGCGCGCCCGGACGUCGCGAGCGUGCCCAAGCUCGAGGUCCGCAAGGUCGACUCGGACCUGCCCGAGGGUGCCGUCCCGCUCAAGAAGAAGGCCGACCAGGACGAGGAGUCGUGGGGCGGCUUUGGCGGGUCCAAGAAGGGCAAGAAGGGCGGCAAGAAGGGCGGCGCUGCGGCACCGGCGGCGGCGGCAGAGGGCGCCGACGACGAGGCGGCGGCGAAGACGACGGUCAAGGACGAGAAGCUCAACCUGCCGCUCGGCACCCUGACGGCGCUCAUGAGCCUCGGCAUCGCGGCGCCGUUGACGACGAGCGAGGUGCAGAAGGCCAUCGACUCGCUGCAGCUCAAGAUGCGCUACUUCAACGACAACCAGGCUCGCGUCACCAAGGAGCGCGUCGCCGCCGUGCAGAAGAAGAUUGCCGCUGCCGACAAGAAGAGCAACGGCGCGUCGUCGUCCGACUCUGCCCUGAUCGACGCCGUCGCGAGCGCCGAGCCGACCGACAAGGAGGAGGAGAUCAAGGACGCGCAGCCGCAGCCGAUCGAGGAGGGCGGCUCGAAGGAGGAGGCCGUCGCCAACGCCGAGGGGACGGCGACGGCGAGCGACGAGCCGGCGAGCGUCGCCGACGCGGUCGACGAGGGCGAGGUUAAGGCGGACGACGCCUAA